UGAAUCUCCCACUCUUUUCUACUAACCAGCGCCCGAUUUUUCAACUUUGUCGUCAGAAAAUGUUCUCAAAGAUGUUAUUCUCGUCUUUCAUCCUCCUCGGUCUCACCUCGUCGGCCUUGGCUAAUAUCUAUAUUACAGAUCCUGUGGCGUCUACUGUAAUGACUGCUGGUCAAUCCACCAGUAUUGCAUGGCAGGACACUACCGAUUCGCCUUCUCUCAGCGAGUUUGGCGUGUCGAAAUUCUCCGUAGCCGUAGGAAAUGCAAUAUCUCAGACUAUUCUCCAAGUCAUUGCUGAGAAUGUGGAUGUUUCGACGACAUCGACAAUCGAAUUCACUCCAGAUGCAAGUAUUGGUGGUGACAGCAACCAAUAUUUCAUCCGUGUUGAAUCCAACAGUCUCAAGGAUGCAAACGACACAAGAUAUCCUGCUCUUGGAUUCUCAGCCAAAUUCACGAUUCAAGGCAUGACCGGUUCAUUCAAUGCAUCCGUCCAAGCAGAAAUUGAUGGCCAAUCUACCGCGCCUAUCGGAGGUACGACCGCUGCCGCUACUUCCACAUCAGCACAUGCGUCGUCGACCACUGCAUCCAAGGCAUCUUCUACGAGCGCAUCGGGCUCUGUAUCCGCUAAGAACGCUGUGUCAACAACUGACAGCAGCGGCGCCCUUUCUCAGGCUGUAGGCAACGUAAAGUUGUGGCUUACCCUUGUGCUCAGCGCUGUUGUUGGUGUUGUCCUAGUUUAA